CAACACUGGCUAUUGUCAGCUUAUUUAUAUUUUAUUGAUUUUGUAUUCGCCGAUAAAUUCAGAUAGAUAAAAAUAUGUAAAUUUUAAUUACAGAAUAAAGUCGAAAACAUGUCUAUAGCCAACGCUACUUUCUAAACAGCUGAUUCAUAAUAAAAUAGAAAUGGAUACAGGUGAAGAAAUAAAUGUUAAUGACUCUGUGUCAGAACAUUUGUAUCCAGCAUUGUUUCAGUGUUUUACUAUUAUUAUUUGUGGGUAUGUAGCUGGACGUCUCAAUGUUGUCUCUAAAUCAGAGUCAAAAGGCAUUGCUACAUUUGUUGGAACUUUUGCAUUACCAUCUCUCAUAUUCUUAUCAUUAGCCCGCCUUGACUUCAGCAUUGUUAACUGGACGUUUCUGGGUGCAAUACUGUUGGCUAAAGGACUUGUUUUUUUUGCUGUGGUCAUAGUUACAUUGUUAGUAUCAAGACCUAUACAUUUAGGACAAGCUGGAAUUUUUGCUAUAUUUUGUACACAGAGUAAUGAUUUUGCAUUAGGAUUUCCUAUAAUUGAUGCUGUAUACGAAAAAACACAUCCAGAGUAUUCUCUAUAUUUAUAUUUAAUGGCACCUAUAUCACUUGCCAUACUCAAUCCUGUUGCAUUUAUUCUGAUGGAGAUAGAUAAGCAGAGACAAAGUCCACAAACAGUUGUUGGUUCUCAACAUUUACAAAAACUGAAGAUGUUACUGCAAUUAUGUAAAGGAGUUAUCUUUAAUCCCGUAUUAGUCAUGACCAUUCUCGGUAUAACGGGAAAUAUUAUUUUUCAACAUCAACUAUCUAUUUAUAUUGAAGGCUUAUUAGACGUUUUUGGACAAUCUUUCUCUGCAGCAGCAUUGUUUCUAUUGGGACUGCGAAUGGUUGGACAAAUAACAAGAUUGAGGGGACCUGCACUCAUACUUCCUUGUGUAUUGAUAAUGGUCAAAUUGAUUAUUCUCCCCGUGGUAAUGAGAGAAUGUGUCAGUACAUUAGAUGCUGGAACAAACCAGUCUGAAACUCAGUCCUUAUCUACAUAUGCUUUCUUGUAUGGAACAAUACCAACUGCGCCGGCUGUGUUUGUGUUCUCCAAUCUAUAUCAUCUGGAGAUUGACUUGAUGGCAUCAUCAAUGGUAAUCUGCACAUUUUUGUCAGCACCUAUAAUUUUCCUCUCUGCGGAAGUUAUAUCAAUUAAUCAGGACUAUGCAGAUCAAAUAAAGAAAUUUGGUUUUGAAUUAUCAAUCGUAGCUCUAAUAGCAGCAAUUUGGGUAUUCAUGGUGUUUACACUAACCAAGAAAUAUAAAAGAAUACCGCAUAGAUUGACUUUAUGUCUCAACAUUUCUCAGAUAUUACUAGCUAUAAGUAUGCUUUGGGGUGGACCUUCGAACAGCUACUCACCAACAUGGGAGUCAACAAUGCAACAGGCAUUGCAGCUCUUCAGCACAUACUCAUGUUUGUUGUGGACAUCUAUGCUGACUAUCGGAUUGCUAAUGCUCGAGAGUCGCGGGCCGUGCUUCGUGGUGACGCUGUGGCCGGUGCUGGCCUUCGUGGCGUGGGGCGCGCCCGGCGUCAUGGUGGGCGUGCUGCUGGUCGCCACGCGCGCCGACGUCACCUCGGACGCGGCCGACGCCAUCAGGCUCUGUGUGCUGUUUUUCUGUAUCACUUUGACGACGGGUUGUCUCAUCCUGUACGCGCGGUUCCGCCGGCGCGGCUCGCUCGAGUCGCCCUCCGCGCUCGACGAGUCGUCCAGCCUCGUGGAGAACCCAGAGCCCACUUCGCAGACACAAUCUCUGUCUAACUUUGAAGGAAUGGAGGAUCCGGGUUGCUAUGGAACCAUAACGGCAACGCCAUCGCCGAACAAGAAUGGGAAUUGUUGCUCUAACGAUCCUAACUGCAACAAUGGACUCUCUGCAAGCAACACGAAUGACAUAGAAGAUAUUGCCCACAACGAAAGAGAUUGUGCUUGCCCCCCAUCUCGGAAGCUCAAAUGCAACUCGAACGCUCCUUGUCCUUACUUGAACGAGCUGGACCAAGCCGCCAGCGAGCUGGGCCUCCUCCCGCCGGAACAGAGCCGAGGACGCGGAGGACAACUCCUCAAACACACUGUGCUCAUCAUAUCUUACAGUCUCAUGAUGUUUCUGGGGUUAACCUUAACUGCCUGGAAGAUGAUGCGUAAAGAUCAAUCGGGAGUUUUUAUUGAGAUUGAGUUCCUGGACACGGCUGCUAGCAAUGGGCAGGCUUUAAUCAUGUUUAUUCUUUUUGGACUUGAUCCUGAAGAAAUUUUCAUACCUAUUUUACGAUACAUCAAAGGAAAAUGGCAUGGAGCAGAUACAGUGGUCUUGCCAGCAGUAGACGAUCUUAAGUUCGAAACUAAACAUGUUUGUGACCAGUUCAUCACGCAUCACCUUGACCGUUGUAAAGAAGCAAUUGCAAAGGACACAAGAUGGCGCAUGCGCACGUAUCGCAACGUAUUCCGCGGGUCAUGCUUGGUGCGCUGGCUGAUCCAGUGCGGGCUGGCCAACGACGAGCACGAGGCCGUCACGUACGCACGACACUUGCUCGACGGCCGACUCAUCGCUCACGUUAAUAACGCGCAUCACUUCACCAACUCAACGCUUCUCUAUACUUUCAAGUAGAGCCCGAACCGAUAUAGGUUGUAUCAUCUUUGUUCGCUAUUUCGAUAAGAUUUAUACAAAAUAGCAGUCAAUAUAAAAAUACCUGUUUAAUUACAUUUGCUCCAUAUCACUCGUUAAUUUAUCAUUAAUUUAUUUUCAUAUCACAAGUAU